AUGAUUGCCGAGAGCCUGGCCAGAGCUCGUAAGGACUUUGACACCUUCCUCGAGGACAAAGUUAGUCUCAACUGGGACGAACAACGCCAGAAGAUCUAUGAACAUUUUGGACUGGUAUCAAAAGAUGGCACUGGAUCUGGCAGCUUCGGUUUCUCCAGACGUGACCAGGGCGGAAAGGCAGACAGAGAUGAGCAUGCAGGCUUUCAAUCUACCAGCCGCAAAAGCGUUUUUGGCCGAUCCGGUCUAUCCAAGUCAAUCAUAGGCUCUGCCAGCGUGGGCGGCGCCGGAUCGAUCUUUGCCGACUCUACCACGAGAUCUACCGCCUUACCACAGCAAGGUGGCGAUUCUAGAUCUAUGCGGGAGAAGAUAGGACAUUUUGGUUUGAAGGUCCAAAAGUUAAACGAAAUGAGACUCCAGGAGAGGACGUUUCCGGUACUGCAUGAGUUUGCUGAAGCCCAAACGGUUGCAGAUAGCGAUGCCCCAAAACAGCUUACUGAAGCCUACCAUGCCCUGAUCAGUAUCACCGAUGAGCCCGCUAGUUCAGUAGGCUAUUUUGAGCCUGGUGCUCUACGGCCGCGUCAAUUCGCCAAGGACUACAGAGAAGAUGGCCCCAAUUCUAUUGAGGCUCUAAAGAUGAGAAAACAAAUCAUUACCGGGUCAAGAAAACAUCUUGAACGUUCGUUCUACAGAGAAGUCGAAGAGGCAAUCGCUAAAAACCCCCGGGAGGCCCAGCUGGGUGGUGUUCCUACCAUUAUUAAUAAGAUUCGAGCUUAUAUCCGACUGCGUGCAGCACGGAAGGACCUUGCCCCUGACGGAACAGAGCUGCAGAUGGUGAAUGACGAUUAUUGCUGGAUUCUCAUCUUUUAUCUCCUCCGAUGUGGGUUCAUUGACGAGGCUGCAGAGUAUGUGAGCCGCGACCCGGGCUUCCGCUCGAUGGACUAUAAAUUUGUCACCUACAUGGCCACAUACGCUCAGCACAGGCGGCUGCCCCGUGACCUACAACAGAAGAUUGGCGCAGAGUACCAGCAACGCCUACGGAAUGCGCCGGAGAACACCAUUGACCCGUAUCGGAUGGCUUGCUAUAAGAUCAUCGGUAGAUGCGACCUAAACCAACGCCGGCUUGACGGCUUGGGCCAGGGAGUAGAGGAUUGGAUGUGGCUGCAGUUCGCUCUGGCGCGGGAAGACACCCGGGCCGAGGAGGUAGCUGGUGAUAUUUUCGGUUUAGAAGAUAUCAAGAAGGACAUUGCCGAAAUCGGCCAGAGGGUAUUUCCCAAGGGCCAGGAAACCCCUGGUGCCUAUGGUAUUUUCUUCUUGCUCCAGAUUCUCGGUGGGAUGUUUGAACAGGCUGUUGCAUAUCUUGGUUCAUAUGCACCCAUAGACGCAGUCCACUUUGCCAUUGCUCUUGACUAUUAUGGUCUACUACGCGUGUCGGACUUCUAUACCUCUGGGGAUGAGCUUUUGUCAUUCACCACACGCCAACUUCCGCAGAUCAACUUCGCAGCCCUAGUCAUGCAAUACACUGGGGAAUUCCGACUAGGGAACGUUGAAGCCGCAGUGGACUAUUUCACUCUCAUCUGCUUGAACACAGAUCUUCCCGGAGAACUGGGAAAAUCUCAGGCUGCCGUAUGCCACGAAGCUCUACGCGAGUUUAUUCUUGAAACACGAGACUUCGCCAAAUUGUUGGGUGAUAUCAGAUCCGAUGGGACUCGAAUCAAGGGUGUGAUCGAACAGCGAUUGAAACUAAUCAACCUCGAUGACCAAGAAGAGUUCCUCAAGGCUGUCACUGUUCAGGCGGCCGCUGUAGCCGAUGACAAGGGACUUACUGCAGACGCCGUUCUGCUUUAUCACCUCGCAGAGGAAUAUGACAAUGUUGUCUCGAUUCUCAACCGGAUCCUCUCUGACGCCGUUUCUGUCCCACUUGGUGAGGCAGCCAUCAAGAUUGAGCCCGUUAAGCCACGAACAGGAGGCCAAUCCUCAACGGCAGCACCCCUUGAACCAGGGUGCAGUCUUAGCCUAACCUCAGUGGAUGAUCCCAUUGUCUUAGCUAAGAACAUGAUCAGCCUGUACAACACAAAUGCUCUUUACUACCAGAAGAUCCACCCUACCAAUCGCGAGGCAUGUGGUCUUCUCCUGCGCAUGAUGGAGGCCAAAUCAAAAGUCGAAGCAGGCCAGUGGGCCCCUGCCUUGGAUGAUAUCAACAAUCUACAAAUACUACCGCUCACUGCCCAGGGUUCAGUCACCUACGUCCGCAGCACGGUUCAGGCAUUCUCCUCUCUACCUCCCGUCAUUGCUCGGAAUGCUGGCAACCUAGUGAUAUGGAGUAUAAUCUGUAUCAACCGCGAGCGAGAGAGGAUGUACGCUGGAGUUUACGAGAAUGAUAUGCGGCAAACUCUUCUUGACGAGCUUGUGCUCAUGGCAAAGGAUCUGAUGGUGUUUUCUGGAAUGAUCAAAUACAAACUCCCGCCUCGAGUCUAUGAGACAUUGGCUAAGGCUGGUGGAGAUGUCGGACUGUCCCUGUAA